GUUUGCCUUAGUAUUCUAUGUCCUAUUCGGAAUUGUUGCUGGAUAUGUAGCAGCUCGUUUGUACAAAAGUGAGUCAAAAGUGGUCCACACUCAAGUCUUGAUUAUUUUAUUUUCAGCUUUCCAUGGAGUACAUUGGAAGACCAAUGUCAUUCUUACUAGCUUUUUGAUUCCUGGAAUUUUGUUUUCCGUGUUCUUCUUCACAAAUCUUCUCUUAUGGGCAAAGGGUUCAUCUGCUGCGGUACCCUUCGGAACUCUGCUUGCUCUUUUGUCACUUUGGCUCUUUAUCUCUACCCCUAUGACAUUCAUCGGUGCAUUCUUUGGAUUCAAAAAGAAGGCGAUUGAAGCUCCAGUUCGCACCAAUCAAAUUCCUCGCCAGGUUCCUGAACAAACGUUGUAUACAAAGCCGUUACCUGGAAUGCUUAUGGGCGGAAUUUUACCAUUUGGUUGCAUUUUCAUACAGCUUUUCUUCAUCCUUAACAGCAUCUGGGCCCAUCAAACCUACUAUAUGUUCGGCUUCCUAUUCGUCGUAUUCUUGAUCCUGAUUAUCACGUGCUCGGAAGCAACUAUUCUUCUGGCAUACUUCCAUCUUUGCGCAGAAGACUAUCAUUGGUGGUGGCGUUCGUUUUUCACUAGUGGAUUCACUGCAGUGUACUUGUUUGCCUACUGUGUACGCUUCUUCACAAGUAAAUUGUCGAUCACUGGUGUGGUUUCAACCAUAUUGUACUUCUCAUACACUGCUAUUUUUGUCUUCAUGUUUUUCUUAAUGACUGGUACAAUUGGUUUCCUAUCGACUUACUACUUUAUGCACAAGAUAUACUCAUCCGUGAAAGUUGACUGAUU